AUGGGUCUAUUUCAGAGUUGUUUUGCCGAAAAUAACAAAGUGGGCGUGAUGAAGGAAGAGAUGGAGGUGUACGAAAAAGUACGACGAGCAAUGGUUACAAAGGAAGUAACAAAAAAGAAAGGCGGUGUGGCCUCUGAUCUCACCUUCGUUUCAGAGGAAACCCCAAAGAUGCCCCCUGCCAGAUUGCUGGAGAACAAAAAGAAAGAUUUUGAAAAAUGGAGAAAAUCUCAGGAAAAGUCCCAAGCCGAAAAGCAUGGUCGGGCCCAACAGAACCGUGAGGAAGCCCGUGUCCAGAAAGAAAUCGAAGUCGCCCAUAAGGAGUUGGAGAGGAUUGAGAAAUAUUUCAACGUCACUGCCGAAUAG